CUCAUCGCAUGAUCCUCCUCGGUAGGACGGUUAGGUCUGGACCGGGGGGCAUCGGAGGCAACAUUACAGCCCAGUCUAAAAUUCGAAACAGAGUCCAUCAACAUUAAUCUAAAUAUUGAAUUUAAUCUUAAGGAGUGAAAUACCGUCGUGAAUGGAUUAUCUCGUCUCGCGAAAGGUUCGUUGUUCUCCCGUGCGGUCGCCUCGCCUCCGAGGAAAUUUGACCCUCAGCUGCAGGAGGAGCGCUGUCGAGCCGAACAUUUUUCCCCCCACCGUCAUCCGAUCUGACACAAUAUCCAAUGGUUACAGCCUAAUAGCAGUCUCAGCCGACACAAAACGGACAUAUUUCGACAGGACGCCCUGCUUUUGACCACAUAAUGGCAGUGUUCAGCUCACAGGUGCUUCUGGCCGUGACGAGAUCAAGGGGAUCCUACUUGCUUUCUAAAAGACAUGGUUGCGUUUCCCUGCCCUCGACCGCAUGCAUACACUACCACUCUGAGUUCAUCGGACAGACUGCUCUCACAGCCAGGCGUCCCAGGCCGCUCUAUCCCUGCUACACUUCCAGCUACAUUCGCCCUGGUUGCUUAGCUGCACGUCCACUCCACAGUUCUUAUGCUUGGCUUCAAGAGGCGAAGGAUAGCGCUACAGGAUCUGAGCCCAGCAAAGGUGAAUCUGUCCCAGCCGCCUCUGGCACUCAACCACCACCACCAGCAGUGCCAGGGAAGUCCCUAGGCCAGAGAGUCUUAGAUGAACUCAAGCAUUACUACCAUGGGUUCCGCCUUUUGGGAAUCGACACAAAAAUCGCUGCCAGGAUGGUCUGGAGGUUAUUACACGGACAGCUGCUCACCAGGAGAGAGAGACGGAGGCUGAUGAGAACAUGCGCUGACUUGUUCCGUCUCGUGCCAUUCAUGGUCUUUGUCAUCGUUCCUUUCAUGGAGUUUCUGCUCCCGGUUUUUCUCAAGCUCUUUCCAGAAAUGUUGCCUUCCACCUUUGAGACUGAGUCCAAGAAGGAGGAAAAACAGAAGAAGGGGCUUGCUGCUAAACUGGAGCUGGCUAAGUUCUUGCAGGAGACCAUUGGUGAGAUGGCCAGGAGGAAUAAAGCAGCGGUUGGAGAUGAAACUCAGAAGUUCUCCACUUAUGUGCAGCAGGUGAGACACACCGGUGAACAACCCAGCACUAAAGACAUUGUAAAGUUCUCCAAGCUCUUUGAGGAUGAGCUGACGCUGGAACACCUGGAGCGGCCACAGCUGGUGGCGCUGUGCAAACUGCUGGAGCUGCAGCCCAUCGGCACCAAUAACCUGCUGCGUUUCCAACUCAUGAUGCAGCUGCGCACAAUCAAGGCUGACGAUGAGAUGAUUGCCACAGAGGGUGUGGCUGCAAUGACUGUCGCAGAACUUCAGGCUGCCUGCAGGAGUCGUGGCAUGAGAUCUUUAGGUCUGACCACAGAUCAGCUCCGACAGCAGCUGCAGCAGUGGCUGGACCUGCACCUCAAAGAGAACGUUCCACCGUCCCUCUUGCUGCUCUCGCGUGCAAUGUACCUCACAGACCUCACUCCUAAAGCCCCAGUCAUCCCACCUGUGCCCAAACUGGAGAAGGCCACUCCUCCUGUGGAGAGCGAAGCUUCAGCCGAAGAGAAUCCAUUGUCAUCCUCCGUGGAGGUGCUGGUGGACUCUUCUCCCGUCAUUAAAGACAGAAAGUCAGAAGAGUUGUUGGAAAAACCCAGAGUGUUGGACAUGCCAUCACCAGAAGCUCAGUUAAUACAUGCUAAAGAGGCAGAGUUGUCACAGAAAUCCAAGAUGAGUGCCAAUGGGAUGUGAGAUGCGCCCUCCUCCCGUUACUACAGACCUAUUACUUGUUCUAGCUGAAAAGAAGAGCGUACAGUUAGGUCAUCGCUGCUACUCCUGCAGAGGAAGCAUCAAAUCUCUGGAUUUCAGAGGCCUUGCUGCCCCUUCUGUUUCACAUUCAGCCAUACAAACACUGCUCACAUUGACCUGAUGGACUUGUAACUGCUAAACUCCAAAGCAGACAUCGCCAUCUCCAUUGAUAUCUGGUCAUUCAUCACUUAUUUGGUCCUAGAAGAAGGGGAAAAUGGUUUAUAUUAUGCAAAAGCUUUCAAUUUGUAAAGACAUUUCAAACAUCACUCCUACUUUCCGAUACCUCAGUUACUUCAGUUUGACAGAUUCUGUAAAUUAGCAAUGAAACGGCAUCAAUCCAGACGUGAAAUGCUAAAGGAACUCUCAUUUUGCAGAACUGCGUUAUGUAAAUUUGUAAAUAAAUUGUGAAAAACCUGCAUAUGAUCUAAGUGCUGCUGCUUUAUACAGUCGGCUGUGCCAUAUGUGUAGGCUAAAAGUUGAAAGAAUAAUUAAGUCAUUAUUUUAAUAUGCAGAAUGCAAAAGCUAGCAUGUAGUUUGGCAGAUGAAUUGUAAAUGGCCAAGUACGUGGGUAUUUUUUAUUUUAUUUGACAUUUUCAAAUUCCCUUUGCCAAGGGAAUUUUGCAUUCACUCCCUCGGGGGAUGCGAUUUGCAGUGUAGCAAUUACGCCAGGCCUGCCUAUGGCAGACUCUGUAGUUUGGCACAGAUGGGGGGGUUGUUUAUCAUGAAGUGUUUAUUUAAUGUGUUCAUGCUGUGCCCCCCUUUGAACUAAACUGAAACUGAUUAAUUAAAGCUAAAUGACCACUGGAGUCGUAAAGUUUACAUUUCACUUACGAUGAAAAAUACAGUGGCGAUAUUCUCCUGAACUCAAAUGUUUAUUUUUGAUUCAUGUAACUUAUGGAUUGUAAUUGCGUUUCUCAUUGCACUGGAUAAACCACUGAGAGGGGAAAUCAUAAUAUGGCAAUGUUAUAAAGAUUUAAUUUUAAAAUUAAUAGAUUAAUCUGACCUGUAUGUUUUGUGUAGCCCAGGGCUUUGCCUGCCUUUGACCCAACUCUAAUCUUAAUCCAAAUUUGUACCUCUUCAAACCACCCUAUCCCACACUUUCUCAGUGCACUUUUUUAUGUAAGUCGAUCAAAUAUGUCAAAUUGAAUUUGAAACUGCCUCUCAGUGGGCAAAACAGCAUACUGUCUUUAGCUACAGUACAGUCAAGAAAUCAAGGUGCUCAUUACUGCUUCAACAGAUACCUUGUCUAAAUAUAAGUGUUACAAUUCCCCUUUUUCAUGUAGCAUAUUAUAAACAAAUACUACUGUUUUUUUUGUUUCCAAAAAGUGACAAUUUAUCAUUUUCAUUUAAUUAAAAGUUUUGUUCAGUUUAAAAACAUUUAAUUAAAAAAGUCUAAAAGAUUGAUGUGG